UAAAGAUAAUAGUAGCAAUAGUGAAAGUUUACAAGAUGAUAGAAGCCAGUAUAUCAAAGAUGGUCUUGAUGACAAUUUUUUCACAACUUUUGAUAAAUCGAGUUGUAGUGACCAGUUAACGAUUAUAGAAGAAUUACAAAUAGAAGAAAAAGAAUUUGAACAAAUUAUAGUAGAUA